CCAUGCUCCGUCGGUCCUUCGCUCACUCACUCGUAUAUGUAUUCAAUCAUUGACAGGGACUCGUGCUUUGCUUCUUUCGUUUUAGAUGAUUGAUUUUGAUUUUUUGUUGACUCAGCGAUUUUGCCAGUCAUCAUUUUUUCCUUUUUUUUUUAAUUCAUCUCGAGUCUAAUGCGAUUCACGAGAAUCGGACGAAUUCCGCGAGUGUCUUCUCGUCGCUCUUACCGUUUCUCGCUUUGCGACUAACUGAUCAUUAUCGCGCAACGAUGCUAAGAUAUUUUUGUACCGUGGCGAAGUGGUGCCGAGUACUCUCGAUAAUCCAAUAUUAAUAAAAAGAAACAAUAUUUUCAAAAGUUUGCUAGGAGUUUUUGGGAAAGAGUUACUUUAUGACAAAAAUAAAAUCUGCGAAAGAAAUAAAGGUAGAAGAACAUAUGAAUAAAGAAAAAUAGGAUUUGUUAAGAGUAAUACCUUUAAAGAAAAGGACAUUGCAUACAAAAAGAACAUCAAAUUAGAAAUAAUAAUACUAGGGCCAAUAGUGAGAGUUCCUUAUCUCGUGUUGGUCUAAUAAUCUUUCGGUUUGGUUUUUUUCUUCUUCGUGUUGUACUUUGAAGUGAAGGCGAGUUGUAGAUGUAGAAAGAGAAAAAAGUGCGGAUCGCUGAAAGGAGAGUGAAAGUGAGUGGGAAAGAGAGAGUGAGCGAGAUAUGUAGAGUGGAAGAAGGAAACGCAGGAUAUGCAUGUGUGCGUGCACGUGCAGUGUAAAGAAACCUAGUGCCGGUGAUUUGAAUCCUCGCGGAAGAAAACGGGAAGAGAUUCAAAAGGUGUGCCGGGAAGAUGCAGUUUUACGAAAGUCUCCUGUCUCUGACACUCCUCGUGGUCGUAUAUCGUCCGCUGACAUUGUACUGCCGCAGGGUCGCGCCGCUUAUGGAAGACGAUUGGGCGAGGAGGCCACAUCGCGCUACCGAAUGCAUAUUUGGCAAGCAAAUUCGCGAAUUGGGUUCGACAUGGUUUGCUGAUUUAGGGCCGCCUUUCGGAGUCAUGUACUGCAUCAAAUGCGAAUGCAUACCGAUACAAAAGAAAAGACGAAUUAUAGCCAGAGUUCAAUGCAGAAACAUAAAAAACGAGUGUCCCAAGCUGACCUGCGAUGAACCAGUAUUACUUCCCGGUCGUUGCUGUAAAUCCUGUCCGAACGACUUCAACGCUGACGUAGUCCAAGAUCUUCCAGCACAACUGUCCUUGGAGGAGGAGGAACGCAGUCUAAAACAAUUUGGAACACUUCUGACUGGAAGAACAAGCCAGAUUCUAAAACGGUACGACUCUAUGAAAAAAUCAGGUGCAUCAGUGCCCUCGUUGUUUGAUGACAGCGCUUAUAACUACGUUGUGGCAGGCCGCUUCACCUUUCACCGAAAGAACCUUUACUACUCAUUUGCCUUUACAAUUGCUACUCCACGUCCCCGAACUCUGCAGUUCCUCGACAGCAGCGGAAGCAUCCUUGAGGAGCAGACGAUAGAUCCAGUCGGAGGAGUAUAUCAAAACGCGACGGGGAAGCUCUGUGGGGUCUGGCGCCGCAUGCCUCGUGACUACAGAAAAUUACUUCGCGAAGAGCGACUAUUCGUCACCUUAACCUGGGAGUCAUCAUCUUCUCUAAAUGGCCGACUUUCUCGGUACCGAGCACUGUCCACCGAGCAGUUUAGCUCACUCUUGGAACCUUCGUUAGGUGUUGAUCGUGCCGCCAUGUCCGGAUCCGGAGGCACCGCUAUCGUAUCUGCUUCAUCUUUGGCAUCAACGCCCUCCAUCCAUAUAUCUCUAAUAUUUAACGGUCUAUUUCUAUCAAAUGACAUCGCCGAUGUGCCCAUAGUCAUUCAGCUCGAACACACGGAGAAGAACUACGUGGUUCUCCGCGAAGAAACAAUUGUUCAGAAGCCCUCAAACGAAAUUAAUGCAGGAGAAGUUCGAGGAACGAUAUCGGCAGCCGAUCUGAGGCUGCUUUCCAGAGGAAAGCUGACCAUCAGUGUUAUGUCGCGAAAAGAUCCGGAGGCGCUGAGGUUGACCGGCUAUGUUGGACCCAGAGUCAGCUGCGAUAUGUAUCAGGCACUCUUGACUUCGGAUGCUGGUAGCUUAACUGCUUCCGGCCUUGGUUGGGCUUUCCUGGAUCGCUUUGGGGCGAUGAGAUAUGGUAUUGAGCUUCUCGGAAUGGAGGACGAGGUUCCUGUUGCACUUUCUCUGAUGGAUGAGGGUGGUAAGAAAAGAAUUGAAGUCGAAGAUCUGACACCUUCACUAGUUGGAGAAUUGGCUAAUGGAACUUUAGAGAGACCCGGGCCUAGACUCCUUGAGCCACUUUUGAAUGGAGAGCUCGCUGUAGUCGCGUCUUCGCUCCAAGAUAUUGGAACUACUCUGAGGGGGCGACUCGUUCAAAGGCCUGUAGCUGAUGCAAGGGACACGGCGAGUCCUGUGCUUCUGAGAAGAGUCGAUCACAAUAUAGGAAAGGAGCCGAACCAACCUGGGCCCAUCGGUUUAGUUUGGGCGGCUGUGGAUCCUGAUUGCACCCUGCACUAUGAGCUGGAAAUUACUGGAUUAUCGUCCAACGAUCAAGAAUCAAGAUCUCUCAGACUGUACCUGGAAACGAUGCCAGUUCUUGCUCAAGGAGCUCCUGUGUCGAGAAGAUUACUUGAAGAAUUUACAGGUUCAAUUUUAGAAGGAUCUGUCGCAGGGCUAUCACCUGUAGAGCUUUAUAGAAUAGAGUCAGGAAUAGGAUUCUUGGAGGUGACUAAUAACCAGUCGAGUAGGUUGCUUAAAGCUCCAUUUAAGACAAGAGCGCCGCUAAGUUGUCUUCCACAUUAUGCUGAUAAUGAUGUAGCCUCGGUAGUUGCUUACAAUCUACAGCCUCCUCAAUCGGACCUCGAAGUGACGGCAUGCUUCCAUGAAACCAGGUUCUAUGAAGAAGGGACUCAGUGGGCGUCUAGCUCGGAUCCUUGCUCCAUGUGCCAUUGUUACAGGGGGAUCGCACACUGUGAUCCUAUCCCAUGUCCAGUUCUUCAAUGUAACGUAGGGAAACAGGUGAAGUCUCCUAGGAGCUGCUGUCCUAUUUGCUUAGUUAUUAAAGAGAACCACGAUAAUUCGACGAAGAACAUUACAACGACAAAAGGUUGCACUUUGGCAGGUCAAUUUCAUCUAGCUGGCUCUGCAUGGCAUCCCUAUUUGCCACCGAAUGGAUUUGAUACCUGCGCACUAUGUACUUGCGAUAUCGCAAAGCUGGAAGUAAAAUGUCCGCGUGUGCAAUGUCCGCCUCUCGAUUGCGAUGAAAAGACAGCGUUUAGGCCAGAGAAAAAAGCUUGCUGUAGACAAUGUCCAGUUCUAAAUGCGACAUACGCCAAUGGAACGGAUACACAACUACCUCGGGAUCAAGCUGCGAUAUCGACGCGUCCUACUUCUGAAGAGAUUUUAGCUUCAGGAGGCUGUAAGUAUCCCUUAGGGGGACCUUACGAAAAUGGAAAGGAGUGGCAUCCACGGAUUCAUUCCCAUGGGGAGAUGAAAUGCGUCAAGUGUCGUUGCAAGAACGGCGAAAUUCGUUGUGAUCGAAAACGCUGUCCACGGUCAGUCUGCAACUCGAUCGCACAUCAGAUCAAAAGAGGUGAUCGCUCAGCAGACAUGGACGAUUGCUGCACAGUACAGUGUAGAAGAGCUCGACGCCAUCAUCGAAACAAUCAUCACUCACCAAAACACGCAGUUGCUCUGCGCGAGCUUAGCUGAGCUUUGAAUUUUCCGGGUCGAGAGACACCGACUUUGAGGAUCUAUCCCCGACCCGGAAGCCAAAAAUCGUAUAUUUCAGGAUAGUUGCCCUACUUUAGGGGCAACUACGCUUUGAACGAAAGGCCACAUAUCAAAAAGGAAUCAUAUCUAAACUUAUUGAAAAAAGCAUUUUUAAUGCCUUGUUCUCAUCCUAUGCAAGCGAAAGUAAAAACUCCAAUAAUAUUUUUCCUACGUAUUUUACAUAUUAACUAGUACUCGAAGAUAAGACUGACUAGAUCUACUAUAUUUGUCAAAAUAACUUCCAUCUUUUCCAGAAAAAUAGGAAAAGUUGUGCAAGUUCAUAUGGUUUAAACAAAGUAAAUAUUCUGAAAGGUUAAAAUAGUUACUAAUUAAUACAAUGCAAUAUAUAUGUAACUCCUUCAUGCUUUGCUUGUCUAUAACAAGCUGGUAGUGAAUGAACGAUGUAAAUCGAGCUUGUUACUUGUAAAUUGCACCGGAUGAGAGUCAGACAGUCAUGUAUCGAUCGCUUGAAGUUAAGUGACUUAAUAGAACUUUUUUCUCUUAUUUAAAAGUCAUCUUGGGCAUCUAAAAGCAGAUGAAAAUCAUUGAACUGAUACUCAUUGUUUCUAAUUUCAUCUCUAUGUAUUUAUGUCCGCAAGGAAGAUCAUGAUGUGACUAGAGACUGAAAUUAUAUAAAAAAUUCAUCCUACGCACCUAAUGGUAACCCGGCAGAUCUUUAUCGAUCAAUUGUUCCUCAUUGUCCAGCAGAAACCGGCCUGAUACGAUUAAACCACAGUGUGCUGUGAUGGACGACCUUUCCCCUCGGUGUCUCUUAAUAAAAGAGAGGGAGCGUCGUAGAGGAAGUACAUCCACUUCAGAAACUUCCUGUUCACACCGCUCUCUCCUAGUUACCCAAAAGCCAAAGAAGACUGAAGAACCUCGAUGGCGGAAUCGGUUCUUAAAAAAAGUCAUUGCUUAUCUUAAAUGUUCUUUUACGCGAUGCAAAUCAAUCAAUUGUUUUAACCUGCUAAAUGGUGAGACACCACAAAGAACUCGGAAGUUAAGAAUUUAAAAGGAAAACGAAAUUAGUAUUCUUCGCUACUUUUUGUAUUUUUUAAUAGCUGAUAGUGUCAGUCGUCAUUUUUAGGUUCUGCUACUUUUUAUCUUUUUUCUUAUACUGUCUCUUUUAUCAUUUCGGAAAGAAAUAGAGGUCGAUGAAACUUAAAUUAAAUUUAAAAAUAGGUUUGCAUCCCGGAUUCGUCGAGUUCACCAAUCGAUCGCUUUUACGAGCAUUGUUACUUUUUAGGAUUAAGAAUAAAUUAUGUUUAUAACAGUUCGCUGAACUCAAAUACUUUAAUUUCGAACAAGUGGCUUCCCACUUCUGUUGAAUCUGAAACUUUACAUUAAAAUUUGGCGGUUAAAGUGAAUACUUUUAGCAUUCAAUUAUUGAUAUUUUUAUUUCCAAUGUCAUAUAUGUAUGUAAAUAGAGUAAAUUUGUCAAAAAAUGCAAGUUAAACUCAUAUUGUUAUGAUAAUUAUUACGUAAAAUUGUAAAUUAUUGCUAAUGCAGUACAAAAGCUUACAGCUUUUUAUUUUUCCGGAUAUUGCAAAACAAAGGUAUGCAUGGAAUACGUUUCAGAUAACGGAUCCACUUUGUGAUACCUUACACUACCUGAAUCGGUAAAAAAGUGAUCCAAACGGUAGGAUUUUCUGGAACUGCAGAAUAUAUUUUUUAGCGUAGCAGGAAAUUUUUUUACGUAAUACUUAUAGUUAUAUUUUUAAAUAAGAAUUCUUUUUGCAAAAUAGCGAUGUUUUAAAUUCAGCAAGAAUGUACAAAAUAAUUUUGCUUUCUUAAAAGUUUGCUGCCUUUUUAUUAAUUAAUAUUAUUUGAUUCUUGUUAUUAUUAUCGACUCGUUAACACUAUUUGAGGAAGGUGCGUCGGCUAAUAUUACUAAUCCGUUUCUUAUCUCGAAUGGCGUUGACAACCUUGUUAUUAGGGGUUGCAAAAAACUCGAAAUUCGAAGUUUAAAUGAGUUGUGUCGAGUUUGUCAUGUUUCGAGUCGAGUUUAACUUUCUGAAAUGCUCAAAAGUUUUCGACUGCUCGAUACUUUCAGAACACAAAUAUUCGAGUCAGUAUGAACUUGACUCGAAGUUCCGAACGUUGACUCGAAGUUUCGAGCGUUUUGCACACCCGUACUUCUUGUAAAUCUGUGUCUUUAAGGAUAUGAUUUCUGUUAGGCUAUUUCCUCUUUUUAAAGAAACAUAUAGCUCUCGUGUUGGACGUUCUUUGAUGAUAUAUCCAUAUAUUGUAUAAUUAUAUUGUAACAAUAAGUAGGUAAUUUUAAUAAUUAUUUAUUCAAUCUAUUUACACUUAACAGCAGAGACACAUUGAAUCGGAAAGAAUAAAAUUUACAUUUUCUUAUUUAGAAAGGGUAAACAAGUCUCUGCUGAUGAGUUCAUAACGCCUUAUUUAUUACUCUGGGCAAUUUUUUCGGAAAAGUUGAAAAAUAAGUGCUACGUGCCAGUAAUGUGUAUUUCUCGAAAAUGAGAAAAAUUUAGUCCUAGAAAUAAUUUAUAGUAGACGUAGCAAAUAAUUAGGUUUGGAAUUCUUUGUUACCGCUGUUAUUACUGUUGCGACUGUUCAGAUUUUUGUAUUUUCUACAAAACAAUUUAAUGAUUCUCCAGAAGCCAUAGACUUUUGUAUUAAAAUGUAUUUAGAAUAUGUAGUUUCACGAAAAAUCAAGUAUUUUCGAUUAAAUUUGUUUACAAUGCUUUGCUCAAUUUCGCUACUGAAUGAAUAGGAUUCUUGAAAAGACCAAUUUUUUCACGGAAGUAGUAUUUUCUGCAAAAUCCUUAUGUUUUAUGUGUCCAAAAAACACAGA